AAAACUGCCUGAGAUGUGGUUUGUAAGAUCACGUGUUUUUAAUUAUGGUCACAACAGUAGGAAGUUUGUGCUACACAUAUUCUAAAGAGGUUUGCUACACAGACCUUUCCAACAUGACUCAUUGGACGAUGAUUGUAUCUGAAGUUUGGCUUAAAGGGCAGAAAAAUCCCCCAAAUACUUCUAAUUUCCCUCACAGUUUCUUUCUUUAAAACAUUCUUAUCUGAAGAAAAUGUUCAGUGUGAACCUGUCGAACAUCCAGUCCUCUUGGUGUUGAGGAAGAAUGAGGUGAUCUUUAAAAAGGAGAGGCUUGCUGUGUCUUCUGGUUGUUUUUUGAAGAUUUCUGAGUGGAGUUCUCCCAGACCUGACAGACAAAAUUUGUUAUAUAUAUUCUUCUAUAUCACAAAACAGAAGUAUCGGAAACAUCAGGAGUCAAAUGGUCCAAUGGGAAACAUUAUGAACGUUACGGAGAAUGGGACAGCACUUUACGAAGAGUAUGUCUAUGAUGACGUCUGUGAUCAGCAAGUCGGUACACUCUUCACCGGCGAAUCCAAAUUUUUGCCGGUUCUUUACUACAUGCUGUUCUGUCUGGGCCUAAUAGGAAACUGGAUAGUUCUCUGGGUUCUCCUCCGGUACACAAAGAUGAGGACUAUGACUGAUGUAUUCCUCCUCAACUUGGUCCUGUCUGACCUUUUAAUGACUGUGUCUCUGCCUGUCUGGGUCCACAGUUCCCAGAACCUUCCAUCCUGCAAACUGGUUACAGGAUUCUAUCAACUGGGUUUCUAUAGCGGGACGUUCUUUGUAACCCUGAUGAGUGUGGACCGCUACCUCGCCAUCGUCCACGCAGUGGCAGCCAUGCGAACACGAACACUUCGCUACGGAGUCAUAGCCAGCAUCACUAUCUGGGUCACAUCUGUGAUCAUGGCAACCCCCCAGGUGGUCUUUGCCCAGUUGGAGGCAGGAGAAGAGGACAAUUACAGCAUCCAGUGCCAUCCCAUCUACCCAGAGGAAACCCACCACUCAUGGAAAAUGCGGCGAAAUUUCACGGAGAACGCAGUGGCCCUUUUCGUCUGCCUUCCUGUCAUUACUUUUUGCUAUUUGAAAAUACUCAUAGUGCUCUCAAAAUCCAGGAACUCCAAAAGGGACAAAGCGAUGAAGCUGAUUUUCACUGUGGUGUGCUUGUUUGUGCUGUGCUGGGUCCCCUACAACAUUGUAGUUUUCCUGCAGACACUGCAACUGUUGCAAGUCCUGGACACCUGCAAGGCUUCACAGACCAUCACAUCAGCUAUGGCCUUUGCUGAGAUCAUUGCUCUGUCUCACUGUUGUGUAAAUCCAGUCAUCUAUGCAUUCAUUGGUGAGAAGUUCAGGAAGACGUUGGAAAAAGUGCUAUCCAAAUAUUUCCGCUGGAGUAGCCAGAGCAGAGGGGCUUUCACCAGCCACACCACAGACAAUGAGACCUCCAACACACCUGUACGAUCAGAUUAUUGAAAUUGUUUCAUGUGUAUGAUUGAGGCUCAAUAAGCAGUUCUUCUUUGUUUCACUGCAACAAUGAUAGACUAAAUAGAUAAAGUGUGUGUGUGUGUGUGUGUGUGUGUGUGUGUGUGUGUGUGUGUGUGUGUGUAAGAGAGCAUGGUGGCAGUGGUUAUAUGUUCAAGGGGAGGGACGUAGCGUAUGCGGUUUAGGCUUGCAAAAGCUUCAGUGCAAGCUUUUCCUUGUCAGAUGCAAGGUGAUGUACCUGAAACCUUUAAAUACAAAUGCCAACCAAGACAUGUCUUUCUGACUUUUUGUACAACCUUAAACACUUUUCUUUCUUCUUGGUUAAGGAUGUGAAAGAAGAUACAUCAUACUGGACAAAGAUAAUGUUUGCAUAAAUACAGUGUUGUCUGUUAGUACCAAGUGGUAUUGCAUUGCAUUUGUGGUGGUUUUUUUGUUAGCUUCCUUUUCAAUAAAUGUCAUAUGGCUUCCACCCA